CUUCAGCCAUUAUUGUCCUGUGGGGUGUGCCUCCAGCCCUUCCAAACAUCUGUUUCUGGUCACAUCUCGUGACGCCAGACAUAAUGGCCUGGAUACAAAUAUCUUCGAAACAGCUUUAAAAAGUGAAAGAGUGUUUGUAUGAAAAAGGACCCUCGUGUCUCUCCCUCCAAAGUGAGCCAGCCCUCGCUGCUCUGCCCAGCUCAGGUACUCUGCAGAAGCCCGGAACCAUAGAGUAGAAGGGACCACAAGGCUCCUGAAGGGUGACCCCCGGCCCAGCUGCAGGAUGGGUGGUGGCUGGAAGGCGGGUGUAGCUCUUCCGUCCCGAGUUAUUCCAGCAGGCUGGAUGGCUCACGCCGCCCGCUGAACGUGUUCCGCCGCUGCUGGCCGCGGGGGCGGGGGAGCGCGGCCCGGGCUCCAAUUUCAGGGGCCGCCGCGGGAGCGUGCCCCCAGCGCCGCCCGUCUCUCCGAGAAGCCGGGGUAGGUGAUCUCCUCGCUCGCAGCCGGGCAGGGGCCAGGGCUGGCCGGACGCUAGGCACCGGCCACGGGAUGCCCUAGGGCCUGAUCGUGCGCGGAGCUGAGCCCCGGCAGCAGCUCGCCCUGGCUGGAGCGCGGUGAGUCCGGGCAGAGGCCGCGGCCGCCGCCGCCCUCGGGAGAGGGGGAGACGCCUUGGGGUUGCGACACCGUCUCACCCUCGGCGGGGCAGCUCGCUGAGUCAGCGUCGGGCUCCCGCGUGGUGCAGCGAAGGGGAAGCGCCCGGCCGAGCCGCUCUCCCGGUUCCCGGGCGCACCGACCGACCGACCGAGCAGCGCCAGGCUCCGGUCCCCGUGUCCGGCCCGCUCGGGGCGGCAGCAGCGCCAGGUCCCGGCCAGGCGGCCUCGCUCCUCCCCUUUCCCUCCGUGUCCCCGCGCGCGUCCUGCCCGCCGCCGCGGUCCAAUAGUGUGAAGAACAAUCUUUGUUUCACUUGAAUUAAACUCCAUGCCGAUUCCACGCUGCAAAUCUCCAGUCGCUCAAAGAUGACUUUAGAAGGAGCAGCCUCUUGCUAUCUUAACAAUGGAAGGUCAGUCUUGUGCUAAUACAAAGAUUAUCCAGCAAGUACCCUCUGGAUCAAGUCCUCCACCCUUCCUUAACUUGCUGAAAAUACAUCGAGAACUUUUAGUCAGCAAAAUCCGAAACACCCAGUGUUUGAUUGACAACUUGAUCAAGAAUGAAUACUUCUCUACUGAAGAUGCAGAGAUUGCCGCACAGUUUCCUAUUCAAGCCGACAAGGUUCGUAAAAUUCUGGAUCUGGUUCAAAGCAAAGGAGAAGAAGUUUCUGAAUAUUUCAUCUACAUCCUGCAAGAGGUCUCUGAUGCAUAUUAUGAACUACAGCCUUGGUUGGAUGAAAUAGAUUUCCACCCUUCAGAGAAUAUUCAAAAUAAACCUGUUGUAAAUACAGAUCCAGUCAGCAGGUACCGUCAGAAACUCAAAUAUGAAUUGGCGCGAGACACAAAGUUUGUUAUGUCAUAUGCUCAGAAGGAGGAAAUGCUUCUGGAGGAAACCUAUGCCGCUAGUCUUAUCGAGCUGGUCAGUUAUACCAAUGAGAGCCUAGGCAAGGUGAGCCGCUUAGAAGAUCUGUUUGAUGAUAGAAUUGGGUUAAUUAACGAAGAUGGAGAGACGAUCUACAUCUUUGGUGAUGCAGGUAUUGGAAAAUCCAUUUUGCUACAAAAGAUGCAAAAUCUUUGGGCCAGAGGCGAAUUGGAUAUAGGUGCCAAAUUUUUCUUCCGGUUCAGGUGCAGGAUGUUUAGCUGUUUUAAGGAGAAUGAAGCCAUCUGUUUGAAGGAUCUCCUGUUCAAAUACAACUGUUACCCAGAUCAGGACCCCGAGGAGGUAUUCAACCACAUCUUGCACUUCCCUCAUACAGCCCUUUUCACGUUUGAUGGUUUUGAUGAGAUCCAUUCCGACUUUGACCUGAGCAGCAUCCCCGAGAUCUGCUCACCCAAUGAACCUACCCACCCUCUUGCCCUGUUGGUGAAUCUUCUCAGCGGAAAGGUUCUUAAGGGAUCCAGGAAAGUUCUGACAGCAAGGACAGGAACUGAGAUCCAUCAAAACAUCAUUAGGAAGAAAGUAUUGCUCCGAGGGUUUUCCAGCAGUAACCUGAAGGAAUACACUAAGAAUUUCUUCAGAGAUGAGGAGUGUCGGGUAUUGAUGUCGAACCAGCUGGAAGCAAACCCCAGUCUCUGCAGUUUGUGUUCAGUGCCUUUGUUUUGUUGGAUUAUCUUUAAAUGCUUUGAACUCCUCCGUUCCAUGUUCGACAGUCAUGAGCUUCCAAACUACUCAGUUACACUCACAGAUGUUUUUUUGCUCAUGACUGAAGUUCACUUGAACCGAACUCUGAAAACAAAUUUGCUGAAGAAGAACACCAGGAGCCAAGUGGAGACAUUCAGGUCGAAAAAGGAAACUCUGUUCUCUUUGGGUACAAUAGCACACAUGGGGAUGGAGAAGUCUCUCUUUAUCUUUGACCAGGAGGAAGUCACAUCCUUGAACGUGUCAGAGCAGGAUUUGCACCUGGGAUUCCUCAGGACGGUUCAUGACUGUGGUGGCUAUGGAGAUCAGUCCUCCUGUGAGUUCUUGCACUUGACCCUGCAGUCUUUUUUCACAGCUUUGUUCCUAGUUACUGAAGAGAAAUUGGGUACAAAGGAGUUACUGAAGUUUUUCUCAGAGUGCUCUUCCACUGAGACUGCUCACUCUACUUGUCUCCCUAUUUCCUGGUUGCGCAAAUGCCCUAUAGGAGAAGAUCCUUUCCGAAAUAAAGAACAUUUUCACUUCACCAAUCUUUUCCUCUGUGGUCUGCUUUCCAAAGACAAGGAGAAGCUCAUCAGACAUUUAGUUUCACCUGCAGCCAUUAAGAGGAAAAGAAAUGCACUCAUUACAUAUCUCUUAGAAAGCAUGAAAUUUCAAAUGCAGAGCCUGAUGCGGGCAAGACUUAAGGGUUAUAAACAGAUUCAGGUCAUGCCCAAUUUUGUUUGGAUGCUGAGGUGCAUUUAUGAGACUCAAAGUGAAAAACUAGCCAAGCUGACUGUCAGGGGCAUGAGGGCCAACUACAUCAAACUCACCUAUUGCAAUGCGUAUUCGGCAGACUGCAGCGCCAUUUCCUUUGUGAUGCAGCACUUUCAGAAGCAUCUGGGUCUGGAUCUAGACAACAAUAAUAUCAAUGACUAUGGAGUAAAACAACUUCAACCUUGUUUUAACAAGCUUGCAGUGAUCAGGCUGAGUGUUAAUCAGAUCACAGAUCAUGGAGUAAGAGUACUAUAUGAUGAGCUCUCCAAGUACAAAAUUGUGACUUUCCUGGGCUUGUACAACAACCAAAUUACUGAUGUUGGAGCCAAAUACGUUGCAAGACUCAUUGAAGAAUGUUCAAGCCUCACAUAUGUUAAAAUAGGAGCAAACAAGAUAACCACUGAAGGAGGGAAAUGUCUUGCCCUUGCUAUCCAGAAGAGCAAAACAAUGUUUGAAAUUGGGAUGUGGGGUAACCAGGUUGGAGAUGAAGGAGCGAAGGCGUUUGCAGAGGCACUGAGGAAUCACCCCACCUUAACAAAUGUGAGUCUUGCAUUCAAUGGCAUCACGACAGAGGGAGGCAAAAGCAUUGCCGAAGCCUUGCAGCACAACAACACCGUGAAAAUAUUUUGGUUGACUAAAAAUGCGAUAGAUGACGAAGCUGCAGAGAGCUUUGCAGAGAUGCUGAAAGUGAACAAGAAGCUAGCACAUUUAUGGCUUAUCCAGAAUCAGAUUACAGCCAAAGGGGCCAAAUACCUCAGUGAAGCUCUCCAGGAGAACACAACCCUGAAGGAAAUCUGCUUAAAUGGGAACCUGAUCAACCAAGAAGAGGCCAAAGCCUUUGCAGAUGAAGAGCGGAUUAUUUGCUUUUGAGUGUGUUCUUUCCAGUUUGGACAAGCUCAGUAUUACAAGUAUUAUUCCAGCACUUAGAGACUGCAGGGUUACCAAGGCAUCCGUCUGCACUGGGGACGUCACUGCAUGUAAGGGAGUCUGAUUAACUGGCUUUUUCAGAACACUCUGCCCUUCCCCCUCUAGUAAGGUGCCUGUGUUGUUACUCCACACUUUUGCUGAGUGUGACAGUGCCUUAGAGAACUAAGUGUUUGUACAGUGUUUGGAUGAUUUAAAGUGCCCUGUCAGUGUAAUCAAACCAACCUCCCCCCCGACCCCCCCAGCAGGUCUAUGUACUUUGAUACAUGGAUAUAGAUGUAUUAGGUAAAUAAGUCUCUUUAUAGCUUAUCUAUAUGUACAAUUAAGGCUGCAAGAUCUUGUGGAAGAGCCACAAGCUCACAGCAACAUCCCCAGUGGACCAAGGAAAAGAUUGUGAGCAUUUGGAGAUCCUGAGUAGAUCUGUAAACCAUACAUGCAGGGCAUUUUCUGUGCUCGUGCCUGGGGUCUAAUUUUCCUAUCAACUGUCAGUGGAGCUAUGGGUGCUUAGCACUCCUGAAAAGCAGGAUCUUAGACUUUAGGCUUUCAUUAUUUUUAAUACUCCUUCCUCCACAUUGGAGCUAAUUCACACAACUUCCCCCAGAUACCCAGCAGCACUCCUGCCAUUUUGUUAGAAUGUUGUGUGGUCAGUAUAGAGACAGGCCCCUGUAAUUACAGUGUUCAGUUUUGGGGGAUUCUGGAGAUAAACCUGAAGAAUUGGCCGCUAGCCUCAGAUAUUAGACAAAUUUAGACUGGACUUAAAAGGUAUACAUUUUUAAUGAGAAUUAGCAGCUACUGGAACCAUUUACACAGGGGCAUGGUGGAUUCUCCAUCACUGAGGAUUUUUAAAUCAAGGUUGGAUGGUUUUCUGAAAGAUCUGCUCUAGAAAUUAUAUUAGGAGAAGUUCGAGGGCCUGUGUUGUACAGGAGGUCAGACUAGAUCAGGGUUCUCAAACUGGGGGUUGUGACCCCUCACGGGGUCGUGAGGUUAUUACAUGGGGGGGGGGGGAGGGUCAUGAACUGUCAGCCUCAACCCCCAAACCCUGCUUUACCUCCAGUAUUUAUAAUAGUGUGAAAUAUAAAACAAGUGUUUUAAUUUAUAUGGGGGUCGCACUCAGAGACUUGCUGUGCGAAAGGGGUCACCCGUAGGAAAGUUGAGAACCACUGCACUAGAUGACCACAGUGGUUCUGUCUGGCCUUGGAAUCCGACACACUGCUGCUAGCAACACACCAACAGCAAAGAGCAAGGAGAACUGAAGAACUAACUGAGUUGAGCAGAAAUCUCUUUCCCAGCAACAGGGAAGUGUUAAAAACUGUUGGCGAAUGUAAGACUUGCAUGCCAGUCCUACCUGAAUUAACAGAACCAUUGAAAGCAUCAGUAGGAGAUUGGAAUGACAAGCCACAAUCUGGAGCUAGAAGAGUUGAGAAGCAAAAUGAUUUUCAGUAGGAACUAGUGAUUUUGGGAGCCCAAUCUGAGCUGCCUUAAAGAAGCCUGAUUCUCAGAGGGCAGGUGCGCAGUACUUUGUGAAAAUCAGGCCUUUGUUAAUGCAUCGCAACCUUUGAAGCACCCAAAAGUAUUAAACACUUUGCAAAAGCUUGG